AUGUCAGAAAACCAAACGGGAUCGUCUACUCUGGAACUUCUAGCGCAAUAUAAUGAUCAUAGGUCUCAGAAAGAUAAGGAAAUAGAGUACAUUGAAAGAAGAACGGGUUCCACAAAUGAUGACAAGCCUUCUUAUGACGAAUUAUUUAAAGAAAACGUCAAACUAAAAUUGUUACUGGAAGAUUACGAAAAUGAAAUCGAUGGUUUAAAAAGGACCAUUUCAAAUUUAAGAAAUAAACGAUUAUCCACUGUUUCCAGUAUUGAUAAAGACGUUACUUCCGAUGUUGUGCUGGAUCAAACAUCUAUCACGUCAAGAGAUUCAAAAGUCACAAAAAAAGAUUUGGUUUUACCUCCAAGGUCAACAGAUAGGAGAAGCAAGUCCAAGAAUUUAACUAUACCAAUACCUCCCUCACAAAAUACUGUCCAGGUUGAUGAGGCACCUAUUAGUAGUAAUAAUAAUUCUGCAUUUUUAGCCAGUAGGCAGCCUUCCAAUGCUACUACUCACCUAAUGGAAACUUUAUCAAGUAGGACAACUUCCGAUUCUGGAAGCUAUUACACAACUACAGAAGAUUCCGCUUUCACGAAACAACAAGUUAAUACCCCUAGACAUGUCUCUAAUGCCUCCACUAAAUCAACUAAAUCUGCCCAUAGUGGGAGUACAAAUCAUACUAUGGCAAGAAUACUAGCGAGUCCAGCAAUAUCCAAUAAUAAAAAAGACAAUAUGGCAAGUCCAGCUACAUCAGUAACCUAUACAACUUCUAGAAUCACCAUUAAAUCACCAAAUAGAUCGAACGCGACACCUUUUCAAGAACGAGUGACAUCUCCUCAGCAUUCAAACAGAAUGGCCUCGGUUAUCAAUAAUCAUAUCCAUUCUCCAAUGAAACAAGAAAUGGGGAUAUCUGAUGAUAUACCUGAUUUUACUAAUCCACCAAAUCAUCUAGACAUGGAAUUAGAGCAUUCAGGUAAUAUGAAUCCUUAUAAUUCACAUAAUAAUCAUAUUGGGUUGAAAUCUCCAUCAAAAAUGUCUUCAAAUGGUAAUAGUGCAAUAGAUAGUCCAUUGGCUCACUUAAAUAGAAGAGCAUCUAUUGGAGAUAAGAAUAGGAACGUAGCUAGGAAAGAUAUGGAUUUUUCACCAGGGUCAAAGGAAAAAUUAACAAAUUUCUCACAAUUACUAGAUAAUUCCUUCGGUGAAGAAGAAGAAGAAGAAGAGAAUGAAGAGGACGAAGAGAUUAUCCAAAGGAAACCAAUAAAUAAUGGGCCACCUGAAGAGGUAUCUUUUUCUCCUCAUUCUUUGACCUCUGCAUUUCUUCCUAACCCACCUGUUAAUAUAUCUACCCCAACUUCGAACCAGCUUGGCUCUCCUGUCAUACUCAAUAGAAAUAUGAACCAACCGUCAGCUGAACCUGUGCAAGAAUCUGUUCAUACUCAAUCGCCUGCUCCAACUUCAUUGAUGAAAAAUAAUGUGGUAAAUGAGAUUUUGACAGAUUUGCAUCUAAGAGGGAAAGACUCAAAAGAAACUCUUACAUCCCCUAAUACAGAAUAUACCUCCGAACAAUCACCAUUGCUAACUAAACAAAGAUCUGCUGACUUAGCAAAGACAUCAAAUCCGGAAACCCUCAACAACCUGGUUUCUGAUAUCCCACUGUUCGUACAGCCUUCUGAAUUAUCUACAGUUAAUAUUGAAGUGGUGAGCACUUUGUAUAAUGAAAAUACUCAGUUACAUGAUUUAUCCAAUCCGGAAGAAAAUUUCAUUCUUUUCAGCAUAAUAGACAAGAAUUCUAAUAAGGAAAUGUUUAAAUUUUCCAAGACCUUACAAAGAGUGAAAGAACUAGAUGUCUAUUUGAAAUCACAUUCUAAUAGUAAUAAUAGAAGCACAAUGCCCACUAUACCUGAUAAGCACAUGUUCAACUCAAAUUUGCCGAUAAAGAUUGAUCAAAGAAGGGAGAUCUUAAAUAGUUAUUUCGAAAGCAUAUUCAACUCUAUCAAUAAUUUUCCGCCAAAUAUUGUCUUGAAGAUUGCACAAUUCAUUAGUACUGAUACAGUUAUGAAUCCAAUUGAUGUUGAUGAUACUGUAAAGGAGGGCCACUUGCUAAUUAGGAAGCCAAAAACUUUAUCUAAUGCAAACAGUUGGAAAAUUAGGCACGCCAUAUUGACAGAAGAUUCAUUACAAUUUUAUAACAAAGGACAAUUAUUUGAAACUAUUAAAUUAAAGCAAGCCACUAUGGAGCUUUUACCAAACUUACCAGAUGAUAGACAUGGAACCAAGAAUGGAUUCCUCAUUAAUGAACAUAAGAAGAGCGGGUUAUCUUCUAAUACAAAGUAUUUUCUGUGUACAGAAACUCCGAGAGAAAGGGAAGUGUGGAUUGGGGCCAUUAGUCAGUUUUUAGAUAAAUCGUAUUCUAUCAAUGUUGGAGAGAAACGAUUAUCUACUGCUUCAAUCGACCAAACUUACGUAACUGAUUUAACUUUGGAUACAAAUUCGAGUUCAAAUGAUCCUAGUGUAAAUGAUAGCCAACAAUCCUCACCUUACGACCAACCUGCUGAAGCCUUGGAUGACGAUAAAGAAACAAAGCGAAACAAAAUGAGAAGUUUAUUUCCAUUCAAAAAAUUAACGACAGCAAAUGCGACCUCUAAUAAUACUUUAACUAUUCCAAACAAUAAUAUUGACUUGGAGACUGUAACAUCCAAUGAUUCGAGUAAAAGAUCACCCAAUCGACCUUUUGGACCAGGUGUGGAUUUAACAAAAUCGUUCCCAGCAUACAAUGUACCUAUAACGACUGCACCUAAUACAAGAUCUACUCCAUAUUCUGCAUCCUUAGUAUUUGGUUCAUCGAUCGAAGAUGCUGUCAAGUUAAGUUCACAUACAUAUCAAGGGAAGUAUCAAAUUCCAAGUGUUGUGUAUCGAUGUCUGGAAUAUCUAUAUAAAAAUCAUGGGAUCAGAGAAGAAGGUAUAUUUAGAUUAAGCGGGUCUAGCACAUUGAUAAAGACAUUAGAGGAAAGUUUUAAUGAGAACCACGAUGUUGACUUGUGUCAUUAUAAUAAGAACAUUGCUGAUCCAAACGGACCUGAAGUAUCUACCCUGAUUAGCGUUAACACUGUAAGCGGUCUAUUGAAAUUAUAUCUAAGAAAAUUACCUCAUAUGAUAUUUGGUGAUGACCAAUUCGUUUCGAUAAAAAAAAUAAUAGACAAUAAUCAUGACAAUCCUGUAAGUGCUGCGUUGGAAAUAAGGGAACUGGUCUCAAAUGGAGGAAUACCAAGAUUGAACUUUUCAUUGAUGUAUGCUUUAUUUGAACUUUUGUUGAGAAUUAAUGAUAAUAGUAAAGUCAAUAAAAUGAAUCUGAGAAAUCUGUGCAUUGUUUUUUCGCCAACUCUAAACAUUCCUAUUACAAUGUUACAGCCAUUUAUCGUUGAUUUUGCAUGCAUUUUCCAAGGAGCAGAUCCUGUUCCUGAAAGCAAAAGAGAAAAACUAGAUAUCCAUAUUCCUCAUGUAUAA